AUGAGCGACCUAGACAAAGCAAUAGCGCAACUACGCGCCUGUCGACCGAUUCCCGAACCCCAAGUGCGCGAACUAUGCUACAAGGCACGUGAACUCUUGAUAGAGGAAGGCAAUGUCGUCACGGUCGAUGCCCCCGUCACCGUCUGCGGCGAUAUCCACGGCCAAUUCCACGACCUAAUGGAGCUAUUUCGCGUCGGCGGCGACGUGCCGGACACAAACUACCUCUUCAUGGGAGAUUUUGUGGACCGUGGCUUUUACUCGCUAGAGUCGUUCCUCUUAUUGCUGUGUUUGAAGGUCAGAUAUCCAGAUCGGAUCACCCUGAUCAGAGGAAACCAUGAGUCCAGACAGAUCACCACCGUCUACGGGUUUUAUGACGAGUGUAUUCGCAAAUAUGGCAGUGCCAAUGUCUGGCGUUAUUGCUGUGAGGUCUUUGAUUACCUUGCGCUUGGUGCUCUGAUUCUCGGCGCGACCACUGAGGUGCCUCAGACGACCUCGUCAUCUUCUCAGUUCAAUGAAUCCCUCAAUACCCAAUCUACUAUGCCCCCGGACGACGACGAAGUGGAGUCUGAGGUUCUGAACGCAAACGGCGACAUCAUCUCCAAGACCCUGCGUCGGCAGUUUACCGGGCUGAGCCUCAAUUCUCAGCAAUCUUUCAUGUCCAGUAACCAGUCUCGUAUAUCCCCUGCUCCCGAUGUCGACCUCCCCAGUCCCCUAGAUCAACAUGCUCCAUCGAGUCUUCCCUCCCAACCAUCUCCGCCUUCAGGAUCCCUUUUCACUCCUCCUCCUACCACUACCGGUGCUGUGCUCUGUGUCCACGGCGGCCUAUCCCCUUUAAUCGAAACCGUCGACAAGAUCCGCCUCAUCGACCGGAAACAAGAAGUCCCCCACGAAGGCGCCAUGUGUGAUCUGCUAUGGUCCGACCCCGACGAGAUCGAAGGCUGGGGUCUCUCCCCACGAGGCGCCGGCUUCCUUUUUGGCGCCGAUAUCGUCCGACAUUUCAACCACAACAACGACUUAUCCCUCAUUGCCCGUGCCCACCAGCUUGUGAUGGAAGGCUACAAAGAGAUGUUCGAUAAGACCAUUGUAACCGUGUGGUCGGCCCCCAACUACUGCUACAGAUGUGGCAAUGUUGCUGCUAUUCUGGAGCUCGCCGAGGAUGGCAGCAAUGGUGGGUGUGCCGUUAGGGCCAACGGUGACCAAGGGCGGAGAGAACCCGUUGGCGGAGACGGUGCCGGUGGAGGCAAUGGCGUGCUAUGGAACCUUGCCACUCCUGGUCGUCGUUAUCGUGUUUUUGAAGCUGCUCCCCAGGGUACCCGCGGUAUGCCCGCGAAGAAACCUGUCGGCGAGUAUUUCUUGUAA